CCUCAUAUAUCCUCACAAUAACAGUUGCCGAGUACUAUAGAAGAAUGGAAACGAUGUUUGGAGGAAUUUGAUAAAACAUGGAACUUCCCUCAUUGCCUGGCUGCUAUGGACAGUAAACACAUAAUGUUACAAGCACCAAUAAACAACGGCAGCGAGUACUACAACUACAAGAACUUUGUUAGCAUUGUGUUGUUUGCUCUAGUGGCUGCAAACUACCAUUUCUUGUACGCUGAUGUGGGUUCACAGGGUCGUAUAUCUGAUGGUGGAAUAUUCAAAAACAGUAAAUUGUGGAAGAAAUUGCAAGACAACUCCCUUAACAUACCUUGACCCAAACCACUUCCUGGACGUCAACGGAUGGCACCAUAUGUUGUAUUGGCCGACGAAGCAUUUGCUUUGCACGAAAAUGUGAUGAAACCUUACGCAGGCGUCUAUGAGAAAGGUACAAAAGAGAAAACAUUCAACUAUCGACUUUCAAGAGCCCGUCAAGUUGUCGAAAAUUGUUUUGGAAUCCUGACAUCCGUUUUUAGCGUCUUGAGGAAACCAAAGCUUCUGGGCCCAGAAAAAGCCAGUGUUAUUGUUCUGACAACUAUUUGUUUGCAUAAUUAUUUGAGACAGAGCAAGAAAUCUUCCACUUUGUAUGCUCCAGACGGCACAGUGGACAGAGAGCUACCAGAUGGUACUUUGGUGGAAGGAACAUGGAGAUGGGAAGCACAACCAAUAUCAUUAUGCAAUUUAAAAUCAGUGCCAAGAAAACAUUCGUCAAAUGCCCGAGCUGUUCGCGAAGAGAUGGCCGGCUAUUUUUUAUUUAUUUAUUUAUUCAUUCGUGGAACAAUAAAUAUUGUAUGGAUGUCGUCAGAUUACAACACAUGA